AGUGCUAAAGCAGCAGAAAACAUUUAUGUAGAUUUUAAAACCUGCAGGUUAAAACGAUAACAUAACAAAAUCAUCUUAUUCUUAUGUGUAGUGUUUGUGUUGCAUAUUCAUUUUGCAUUGGAUGAACAAGUGCAUUCGAUAUGGAUUUAAACUUGGAUGCUCGUAUAAAUUGCAAAGUAACCUAUUUAUGUACAGGUUAAAUACAAAAUUGACGCAUUCUUCCUUCUCUUCAAAAAAUUAUUUGUACAGUUGUAACAGUAGAUUUACUUCGUCGCCGUCAAAUUCGAAGCAUAGCUUCAUUUCUGUGUCAUAUUCUUUUAAAAGUAGAUCCAGAUCUAGAUCUAGAUCUAGUUGCAGUUUCACUUGGGCUAAACGCAGUUUAUCAACAAUAACAGACACACAUUUUAACAUGGAAGGGGAUUGUACGAAAGUGAUGCUUGUUACAGCGAAUGUUGGCUCGAUUUUUGAGGAGCCUGACACUAUGUUUCCAUCAUGGCUGAAAGCCUUUUUUCAGUGUUUACAAACACACAAACCAGGGCUUAUUGCCUUACAUUGUCAGGAAGUUGGUGGGAAAAAUUAUGAGGCUUCCAUGCAACAUGUUAACCAUUUUAUAAAGACGUUGUUAGCUUGUGAAGAGCUCCACAAGUACGACAAAGCACGAAUAUUUUUGGAUGAAGAUUACACAGCUUCAGACAAGUUUACUGCUUUAGGAAACAUGUAUUUUAUUCACGAAGAAGUGUCCGACGUUUUGAUAUGGGACUUCGUCGACUGCAAGUUCAUUGAAGUUGAAGGACGUGAGGUUCUGUCAGGAAAUAUUGAAAAUGUACCCAUCAAAGAAAAAGCAAAGUUUCCACAACACUUCUUUCCAGAGUUCAAAUGGUCCCGCAAAGGGUUUCUUAGGACAAGAUGGAGCAUAAAUAAUUGUAUAUUUGAUUUGGUCAACAUUCAUCUCUUCCAUGAUGCUUCUAAUAUAUUGGCAAUGGAGUCUAGUCCAUCUGUUUACUCAGCCAACAGACAAAGGGCACUACUCCACACAUUGCAAAGGUUUGAGAAUGAUAAAUAUAGCAAAGUACCACUCUUCAUAUUUGGUGAUUUUAAUUUCCGACUAGACUCCAAUUUGUUAAUACAGGAACUGACAUCAAAGCUUACUGCCCAUCAAUUCAGAGGGAAAAAAGACAAUGUUAACAAAAUUGAAUACACAGAAGAUGGCAAUGGAAAAGUGGUACUUACAGUAGGAAGUAAAAGUUUUGAUUACUAUGAUAAACACACAGAUCUCUUCUCCACCAUGAACAAGAGGUUGCACCAGUAUGACACAGAGCUUUCUUCAUUUAGAGAUCGUUUAAGUGAGUUUGAAAUCACAUUUCCUCCUAGUUACCCUUUUUGUGAAGAUGUGGCAGAUGGGAUAUCUUACAUGAAAACUAGAGUCCCAUCAUGGUGUGACAGAGUCCUGCUCACCCACCUUGCUAGAGAUGUACUCAUACAGGACCCCUCUCAUCCAGUUAUUUAUGACCUGAUGGGCAAGGAUGUUUGUAUGGGUGAUCACAAGCCAGUCUAUCUGUUUAUACACAUGAAGCCAGGCAAAGGUAACCAUGAGCAGCAGGUGGAAAUAUCACCUAAUUCUCCCCAAUCUAAACCUCAGAAUUUGUCUCGAUACCGCACUCUGUCUAUCAAUGGGGAGCUUGUUGAGGAAAAUGAAUUUGACACUCUAAAUAUUCAUGACUAUGCUACAUUUGAGCAAGAAAAUAAUCUUAUCCCUGAGUUUAGAGAUAGCAUAAAGAACAAAGUUCCGCUUGAAGCAAACACCGACAGGCUUAGUUCACCUUCUCACCCACCAAUAACUAGAAAGAAAUCUUUCCAAGAUGUUGCUAAGCAAGUUUGUACGAUAGAGAAGGUUCUGAAGCAGUGGCCACGUCGGCCUAGAAGCCGACACCAUAGCUCAUCCUCUGAGGACUACAAGUCAGAUGAAGCUGCCAGUUUAGCUAGUAAUGUAGACCAGAACUUGGAUAGCUUAUCUAAAUCUGAUGAGAGUGGGUCUCAUGUUUCUGAGGCCAAUAAUAACCAGAGUACAUCAUCAUACAGGGUGGGAGAUAACAAUGUUGAAGCUAGUGGGGGGAUAACCAGCAGUGACAUUAAGGUAGAGAUAAGUAAGAGAGAUUUAAAAGCUGAAUCAGAGAGCAGGCAGGCUUGUGGAGAUGAUGGUGAUAUUUCCAAAAAUGUUGUGUUGCUUGCUCAGCAUGCCGGUGAUGUGCAUGUGGACAGUCCAGCUAUACCAUGCAGUAACCAAUCUAGCGGGAAAGAACAGCAGAGUAAAAUAACUGAAGAUAGAGCACAGGCCUCUGGCUUUCCUGCUGGAUGUUGUAGCUGUGUUGUGCUGUAGUUUUGGUUCUUCAUCUCUUGGUGUUGUUUUCAUGUAAACCUAACAGUCCAAGGACAGUAAAUUUUACAGUAUAAAAUAUAUCUGAAUUUAUUCAAUCAUUUUUUACAGUAUAAAAUAUAUCCAGGAUUUAUUCAAACAUUUUCAAUGCUUAUUUCUACAGCUUUCUUUAAUUUGUUAAAAAUGUUUUCUAAAACCAGAAACAGGAAUGUCAUUCAAGUAAUUCCAUGUCCGGCACUGCUUUAAGAGUGCACUCUAAUUUUUACACAUUGUAGUCGGUGUAAGAUCAGUGGGGUCUUUUUAUAAUUUCAAGUUUGUUUUUUCAACAUUUUUUGAAAAGUUUAUUUUUUGUUAUUUGCUUGAUGGAAGCCAUUUUGUGUGUGACUUUAAGCCAUUGGCUAGCAACUACCUUUUUAGUUGUAUCUUUUCGUUUACAAGCUUGCACGUUGAUACCUUUUUUAUGUAGAGUAAUUUAUUUAUUUUUUGGUGUUCAUUUCUGUUUUUUUAAUUUAGUUUUAAAUUUGUUA